GCCGCGCAGGCUAACUCGCUUUCGGCUUUGGUUCGAGAUGGAGACGCGUUGGAGCAUGAGGAGUUCCAGGGCCCACAACUUUAAGAGUGGACUGUCCCUGUGGCUGAUUCUGUGGCUGGUGGUGGUGAAGCCGGGUGGGGUGGCCGCAUGCCCCAGACUGUGUGUGUGUUACCCCACACCCAUGACGGUCAGCUGCCAGUCCCAGAACCUCACCAUAGUGCCGGCCGGUGUGCCCUAUGACUCGCAACGUGUUUUCCUGCAGAACAACCGCAUCACAGAGCUUCGCGCAGACUCUUUUGGCUUCGAGACACAGGUGCUUUGGUUAUACGGCAACAACAUCACAUGGAUCGAAGCCGGGGCCUUCAGUAACCUCAGGGUGCUGGAGGAGCUGGAUCUGGGCGAUAACCCCUCGCUGCGCCACCUGGAGGGCGGAGCUUUCAGGGGCUUGGAGAAGCUGCAGAGCCUGCACAUGCACCGCUGCAAGCUGGCCGCUCUCCCCCAUGACCUCUUCCACAAGCUGUACAGCCUGCAGUUUCUCUACCUGCAGGAGAAUCAGCUCCACUUUCUUCAGGAUGACCUGUUCUCAGAUCUGGUCAACCUCACCCAUCUCUUCCUGCAUGGAAACCGCAUCCGCGCCCUCUCUGAGAAUGUGUUCAGAGGCCUGGUCAACCUGGACCGCCUCCUCCUCCAUGACAACCGCAUCAGGCAGGUCAACCGCCGUGCUUUCCGUGACCUGGGCCGCCUGACCAUCCUUUACCUGUUCAACAACACCCUGGCCGAGCUGCCAGGCCAGGCCAUGAAAGACGUCCAGGGCAUCCAGUUCCUCCGUCUAAAUGGUAACCCCUGGUCCUGCGGCUGUGAGGCUCGUCCCCUCUGGGAGUGGUUCCGCAAGGCUCGCAUCUCCUCCUCUGAGCUAAUGUGCACUUCCCCAUCCCAACGUCGUGGUCAGGACCUCAGAUUUCUCCGGGAGCUGGACUUCGCCCUCUGCCCUCUGCCUGACCCUGGCUCUCUGGCUGGAACCACCACAACCACCUUCAGCACCAAGACCCGCUGGUGGUUCUCCAAGCACAAGCCUGCAUCUUCUUCCAAGGCUUUGUACCAGAAGAGCACAGAGACGGUGAAGGCCUUCCCCUUUUCUGCUGUCAAGCCUCAGUACCUCCCCAAAACCCCUGUGGAAUCCUUCUCGUCCAAGUACGAACUGUCGGAGGAUGAGGUGGCUCUCCCCAAACUGGAUCCAGAAGAAUACUGGGCCAACUACGGCAACGAAGACGCCUCCAUCCGCUGCUUGGAGCUGGAGUGCCCCCCAGGCUAUGACAACCCAGCCUUCCCCUCAUCCUCCUUCUCACCCAUCACCCCAUCCCUCCUCCACCUCCUCUCCCUAUCCAUAGUCACAUUCUCCCUUCAUUUCCUUUUUGGCUGAACUCUUCUCUCCUCCACACCCUUUUCCUCUUCUAAUUUCUCCCCCUGCUCUUUCCAACUCCAACAAAAACCUGGAUCUUGAUUCCUUUCAGUUAACCCCCGUGAGGUGCGGGGGGGUGCUACUCUGACGCAGCAGGGAGCUGUUUUAAAGAGCAGGGAUCAGUUGAGCUGAUGCAGAGCAGGACAGGAUUUCAUUGUUGAAGCAGCUGCUGCUUAGCAGUACAGACUUUUAAAAAAGCAGGGAAUAGAUCAUGAAAACAGACUCUGAUUUUAACAGUACAAAGACGGAAACAUACAGCAGCAAUAUGAAAUGGUAGAAACACAACACAAGGACAACUGGUGGGGUCUUCAGAUGUUUUUUGAUAUCACAGCUGUAAACAACGCAGGCGUUGUGAUUCAUCAACAGCUAUUUUCUAUAACAACUAGUGCUCACCAUCCAGUUACUGCUAACACUAUCCCUCACUGAUUUACUCUCAUCAUUAAUAAAAGUGGUGAUUAAUAGGUUAUAUGGCACCACCAGAAGUAGAAGGAAGAGGUGGAUCGACACAGAUAAUAAGUGGCUUUGGAGGAAAGACAAGAGAAUAAAGAAUUAAAGGGAAAAGUGAAAAGAAAAUCAACACAAUGCGAGAAGAGUGAGCUUUAGAUAUUCAUCUACAGGCAGAAAGGCACGAGAGGAUCAUUAGAUCUGCAGCCAAAAGCGACUCUCCACCCACACUUGUACAUACCACACAUCAUCACUGUACAUACGCCCAUCACACACUGCUCUGUAUUUUAGACUAGCUGGAUUUGUACUUUUCUUUUAGUACCAUUUAGUAAACAGCAGCUUGUGGUGAUAGAAGAGAUCUGUAGAUUAUAAAUGGAAGGAAAAGAAAUGAAAUAUGGAAACUCAUGUUUUCCCACUCGUGUUUUCUACUCUCUUCUUCUCUCAGACACCCGAAAAUCUUGUUCCUGAUUUUCCAAAACUGAAUAGAAUAUCAAAAAACUCAACGAGAUUAAACAUAUCAGAGAUCAAUUUCAACGUGAGCAGAGAAAUAGAUGCUCACUACAAUAAAUAAGGGAAGGGUUAUACUCCUGAUUAAGACUGUUUUGUGUGUGUUUCAGUUUUUUGUUGUGGUUGUGUGUGAGUGAAUGUGUAGUAGACUAAGAGACCAAAGUCCUAAGGAGACCAGUUUGAAGAGGUCUCUUAUUAAAAUGAGUGCCUGUGUAUGUUUAUCUCCAUUUAACCCACUAUCACUAAGACCCAAAACUGUUUCACAACCAACUGUAUAUUUUCAAAGAUGCAGGGGAAUGUGAAUGAGUGUCGGUUUUUUACUAUUUCUGAACACAUUUGAUAAAUCCAAGGGUUUCAUCUGAUUUCAGUGACAAUAAAUCUGUAUUUUGUGCUCAUACAGACCAUAAAUAGACCAUGACAAUCAAGCUGUCAUAUGUAAAACCUUCUCUAUUAUAUUAAAGCUGUAUUAGAUAACCUCUCUGACUCCAGUGUGUGUUUUGGGAAAAUGGGAUGGGUGUUUACACAGUGAACUUUUCAACGCAAUACCAAUCCUGAUUGUGAUCUGCAUUAUUCAUGGAGGCCAUUAUGUUCCCUCUCAACUCCAAAUGUUAAAUCUGAACUAACCUGAAUCAUAACUGUGAGUUUCUGCAUAGAACAUGAAA